AUGCUGGGUAAGGGCCAGAAUCAAGUCGACCCCAUCCGAGCAAAGGAUCAAAGCUCAUUUUUGCGUUCUACAGUGGCCAUUAACCAGUCAAAGACCGCCUGCGGAGUUCCUGCGGCUCCGGCGUACGACAUAACGCAGUGGUUUCGUCAGCUUCUCUUCGGCGUCCAAACUUUUUUCAUCAUACUCAAGGUCGCCAACAAAUUGAUGAAGCUCUCGGCUUGGGGCUGGGACGAUCUGACCAUCCUGAUAGCAUAUGCUGAUCUCACAGUUCUCUUCGUAUUGCUCUACCUGUCCGAAAGGUCUGGUGCUGGGAGAGACAUCUGGACGCUUACCCCCGACCAGAUUACCAGCCGUGUUCUUACUUUGUUCAUUUGUAGUAUACUAUACACGAACGGUUUAGCAUUCAUCAAGGCAUCGAUUCUAUUUUUCUAUCUACGCAUCUUUCCCGACGAGAAGUUUAGGAGGGUUUUAUGGGGUACACAGCUCUUCAACCUUCUGCUCGGGAUUUCUGCCGCCGCCACUAUUCUCGGCGCGUGCAGGCCCAUGAAUUUCUUUUGGUAUGGGUGGUGGACAGGAAAGAUGGAAGACAAAUGCAUCAACAUGAAUGCAUUCACCAUAUGCUGCGCUGCACUUAACCUCGCGCUUGAUGUAUGGAUGCUCAUGCUGCCGGCAUCGCAAACCUACAACCUGAGAAUGGAGCGGAAGCAAAAGGCGGGCGUAAUGCUUAUGUUUGGCGUUGGGAUACUUCUCACGGCUGUCAGCGCUUACCGUAUCAAGGUGGUCAUGGAUUUUGCAGCUUCUACCAACAUCACAGGCAAUUCCUUCUUGACCACCCUCUUCUCCCACAUUGAGCUCUGCGUGGGCAUCUUUGUGGCCUGCCUCCCGAGCGCACUCCAAGCCUGGAACGCCAUGUCGCCCAAGAUUGUACAAGCAACCCGCCUUUCUUCGAGGCUGUUCAACCCAGCCAAGGACUCCCAUGACGCAAGCAAAGCCAUGCAGUCAACGACAGGCGCUUGCGAGCAGCCGCCCGUCGCAGUAUACGAUGAGUCGUCAAUAGCGCAUUUGAUUGGGGACUUUAAGAGGAUCGACCUCAACAAGCUCCCCGACCAGAGCACGACGGAGACCGAAUGCCAAAAGCCGCCAGACAAGUCGAUAGACAGCAGCACGAAAUCUUCCCCGGACAGCUCGAGAGGUGGCCGGGGCCAGAGAUGA